AUGUCUCAAGCAAAAUCAAUUGAUCAUGUCAUAAAAGCUCUCCCGAAGCUACAAUCUCGGUACAAUAUUUUUGCACAUUUAGAACCAUCAACGAAGAUCCUUCAAAGAUAUAAUGAUAUUCAAAAAAAUCAACCAAAUUCUACCCUUGCAGGUACCAUAUCUGCCAUCAAGGAUAAUAUAGUAACUCAAGAUAGUAAUACGACGUGUGCUUCUCAAAUGUUAAAAGAGUAUAAAUCGCCCUUUACUGCAACUAUAGUGAAAUUAUUAAGUAAUGCAGGGACUACAAUUGUUGGUAAGACUAAUAUGGAUGAAUUUGCAAUGGGAUCGCUCGGUAUUCAUUCAUGUUAUGGUCCUACAAUUAAUCCCUCGAGAGCAUUUUUUGCGAAUGAUGAUAUGGGUAAGAGAGAGAUGGUCACUGGUGGUUCAUCUAGUGGUUCUGCUGCUGCAGUGAGUGCGACAAUUGAUGGAGAUAACAUCAUUGAUUUUGCCUUAGGUACAGAUACAGGUGGGUCUGUUCGAUUACCAGCUUCAUAUUGUUCUGUACUGGGAUUUAAGGGAUCGUAUGGACGUAUUUCAAGGUAUGGUGUCGUUUCAUUUGCUCAAAGUUUAGAUACGGUUGGCAUUUUCGCUAAAGAUUUACCAAUCUUAAGAGGUGUAUUUGAUGUACUUAAUAAAUAUGAUCGAAAGGAUCCAACAUCUUUGAAUGAUCUGUUAAGGAACGAGAUUAUUGAAUUGUCAGACAAAUGCUUACAUAGAUUACAAAACCCAUUGCGAAUUGGUAUAGUACAAGAAUUUAACCAAGAAUCCGUUGAUAAAGAUAUUAAGAGUGCGUUCCAUGAUUUCAUCGGACAACUCAUGGAGAAGGGCUAUACUGUAGUUCCAAUUUCAAUACCAUCCAUUAAAUAUUCUUUACCGAUAUACUAUACUUUAGCACCUUCGGAAGCAGUAUCCAAUCUAUCUAGAUAUGAUGGAAUCAGAUUUGGCACACGAGACCCUAACGAAGAUGUUAAUAAUGAAGCGUUUUUCUCCAAGACAAGAUCUAAUUUUGGUACAGAAGUGCGAAACAGGUUAAUACUGGGGAAUUAUAAUUUAAGUUCUAGUUUUGCUCAUAAUAAUUAUAUUCAAGCUCAAAAAUUACGUGUUAAUUUAAUUAAUGAAUUUGAUUUCAUGUUCAAAUUUCCAAAUGUUUUAACUAGAAAUAAAGCAAAUGUUGGUGAUGAUAAUGGAAUUGAUUUUAUCAUCAGUCCCACAUCAUUAAAUAAACCAACUUUUGUCAGAAGAGCUAUGAGCGAUAAAAUUGCUACUGAUGAGUAUUUCAAUGAUAUAUUUACUAUUCCAGCAUCUUUAGCAGGAUUACCAACCAUGACUAUUCCAAUAAGAGGCAAUGAACCAAUUGGAAUUCAAAUAAUGGGACAAUAUGGAGAUGAUCAAGGUGUUCUUGAUUUUACAUCAACAUUAAUGAAAAAAUAA